GUACAGUCCAAGUCCAUUGGAUGUUUUGUGUUUUUGUUUUUAGAUGUGUGGAAACGUCCGGCUUUACGUAUUGUCGAUAAUCCGAAAAUUUCAAAAAUUGAUUAAAACAACAUAAAAUUUGAUUUUGAUUCUCUGGUAUCAGAUCAUACUGUUUAAAAUGGAGAAGUUCCAGCAAAGUUUUUACAAUUGUGAUUUUGAAAAAAAUCCAGAUACUUUCAAAACCAUGAUUUACGAAUUGGAUUCUGAAAAGCUAAAGUCUAUGGUUAAAAAAGUUAUGAACACGUCAAAGUUUCCCGCACUGUGGGACUUUUUAUUAAAAUCUUUACAAGAGUCGUCCAAACAUCAUGAUGAGCGACAUCAAAUCGUACUGGCCGUUUUAAACGAAUUGGAAGAAAAGGAUGAAUUGAACUCUCAUAUUACAUCUGCCAUAAUUCAAAGAGUUUGCAUGGACCUGACUAAAUAUAAAAUGGGACAUCUUGUUGAUUUGUGCAACUUUUGUUUGAAAGCCAUUAGGUCAAAAACUCAUUCUAAUAUGAGCUUUAGUUGGAAGGAGCUUCUCCCAGACAUUUUAAGAAUCCUUUCUGAACAAGAUUUGGUAGAAUUUAGCGACCUUGAAUACUCCGGGACCGAAUUUAAAGCUACAAUUAUUGAUACGCUUUGCAUGUAUGAUUGGAACCCAGACAAAAUUACCCAAAUAACUGCUAUGUUUAGUGACAUGCCACUGAACAAGGAAGAACAUUUCAAAAUAGUAACGAAACUUACCUCAUAUCUAGAAAAGCUGACUCCGCACGAAGUGCCCCCAUUUAUUUAUCAGCUUUUAAGACUCUGUCGAUUUCAAAAUACUCGUACGAUAUUUUUGGGCUUACAAAAUUAUUUUGGAUUAAGGAUAUAUCAUAAUUCACGCUUUGCGAAAAGUAGUAUAGCUGAUAACACUCCGGAUUUUGAUCUUAUUGAAAAUGCAGACGAUCACAAUAUCCUCGAAACAGAAAAUACAGUCUUGUAUCAUAUACAAGCAGCCGCCUCUAUUGGCCACAACGGGAUCAGAGAUUACCUAAAUUCCUUAAAGAAUGUCGUGAAGUCUCCGGAUUUCAUUUUACAUCCAUUCCAACUACUAACGUUGUUAACUAUUUCUACUGUUGGCCAAUAUGAAGAAUCUGUAUUUGAUGUUAUAAGGCAUUCCGUAGUAAAGGCCUUUAUGGAAGAACAAAAGCAAAAGUCCUCUCAUUGGUAUAGGGAUAUUAUUAGCUCAACGACCAAACCUGAGGAUAUAUUUGAGCAAAUAAUGAACUUGGGAGAUAGAGAAUUUUUACUGGAAGCAUUCGCAAAUUUUGGUUUUGCCUUACUGAGUGUAGGAUCAGCACUUGGAAGAGAUCCUAUUGCGGAAAAACAGUGGAAUCUGGGUACCUUAAUAUUAUUAAAGAUUAUUAAGAAAAGAAUAAACAUCGCCUCGAUAGUGUUAAAAAUGUUUUGCAAUCACAUUUUGACUAGACACAGUGCACCACAAUAUAUUGAAUGUUUAUAUUACCUUUCGAAAUCGUCGCCUUUGUUAAUGAUAGAGAACCAGAUCUGCGUUACCGAAAUGAUGGAAAACAUAAUGCAAAUCCCUAGUUCUGUGGCAAUUAAUUUACUUGACGCAUUGACUCCCCUCACAAAAGUAUCAGCCACUUUAAGGGAUCAAUUUAUUUUGAUAUUAAGGAAAUGCCUCUAUUCAAGAUCUAUUGAAACUCGACAAGUUGCAGUCCAUGGCUACGUUAAACUCAUAAGUAUUUUACAAUUCUCAAAUGGUGGCAAUAGUAACGGUAUCUUAAGUCAAACCAGUAGUGGAUCAUUUUCAUCUGGAUUUUCACUUUAUACUCAAAUUUCGAUGAACAGAACCACCCAAAGUUUGAGUGCUAGCGCAUUUAGUACCGAGGCCAUUUGCUGGGAAGUACUGGGUAUCUUAAAAAGAUGCUUAAUGCAACAGGCACCAGUCCGGCUCCAGUUGUAUGAAGAUUUAUACACCGCCUCUUGCAUAAAUCCAGGUUUAAACGGUCCAGCUUUAGACGUUCUUUGGCUUCACUUCAUGGAUUAUUAUAUUGUGGAUGAAGAAUGUCUCCCUCCAUUACAUUUCGAAAAUGUAACGAUGUUGCGGGAUACAGAUUGUACAUUACAGGAACCCAUAGGGAAAUUCAUUUUUCUUCUGUCUCAAAUCGUAAAUAAAAUUAAACAAACUGAAGAAGAGUCGGAAAAUGCAUCUGUUAAAAAUUACACCGAAAUCCUCGAUUCCUUAUCUGUUAGGAUGAGUAAAUGUGAACUGGUACAUUUUGAACUGGAUGAUGGUACCGAUUUAACAGACAUAUUGCCAGAAAGUCAACAAAAGAUGUACGUUUUAAAGGAGGUCCUUAAUGUAUAUGAAGCACUUAUUGGUUAUAAAAUAUCAUCUUUAAGAGCCGGCCAGGAAAAUCAGUGUGGUAUAAUUAAUAGUUUAUUUGACGGAUAUACCCGAUUUUUGCAGUUUGGAAAGAACUUGUCAAAACCCAAAAAAUUAAAAAAAGGAGAUAAGAUGAGCCAGAAAGAUGAAAAAACCACUCAAAAAACACAAACUCAGCAAAGCCAGUCAUUUAGCGAAAAACGGCAUGGCAUCGUUUCCAAAAAUCCAUCCAAAGUUUUAUUUAAAGGUCCUGACUCUUUAUUGGAUCUUGCGAUUAUUGAUAUCGCACUUAAAACUUUGCUUCAGGCAGAUGUAGAGUGGGUCAUGAAAAACGACGCAACUACGAUUCGGACAAAUACUGCUUUACAUAGACAUUUUUUUCAAGCCGCAGCCCAUUUAGUUUUAAAGCAUAAGAGCUCAAAGCUAGUUGAUACUAUAGACCAGAAAAAUCAUUUUGAAAAUCUUACGAGUAUCUCUUCUGUCAUUUAUGCACAUGUUAUUCAAAGGUUGAGCGACUACAUAGAUUUUGACUGUACCGCAGCUGUUUUAGCCGUAGAGUGUUUUCAUUCAAUUAUUCUACUCAUUAUUGGGCAGUAUAAGCAUAAUGUAAAGCUUUUUCUUAGUAAAGUUGGUGGUCAAGAUAAACAAGAAAGCCUCAUCGAACAUCUAAAACCCAUAAUAGAACAAAUGCAAAAAUUAUUCGAGACUGACGAAAAUGAACUAUCAGCAGAUCCAGAUGGAAAACGCCUUCCGUUAGCAAUUUUAGGAUGUAUUGCCAGUUUAAGUUCUCUUUUGCCUUCUGAGAGUAAUGCAGUGUCUUUACAGCUCUACGACUGGUUGAAGAAAAUAGCCUACGAAGAAACAAGAUCUGCAAAGCUUUCCGGCAAUUUAAUGAAUUUAUUGUUUGAAACUCAUAUUCGUUACAAGUCUGGAUUAACACUUUUAGAACUUACAUCAGAGAGUUUUAAGGAUAUUUUUGGAACUUAUAAGGAAGAUGAGAGUUUAGACAUCAAUGCUGACACACACUUUAAAAUUGUGAAUGCAGGCUCUGGUAGUUCUGUCAUACUCUCUCUGUGCAGCUAUAUCAAAACAAUUCUGGAAGAUGUGGAAAGUAUCAUUGCCCGUGUUAAAUGCGACUAUACGAUUAUUAAUUUUUCUAUGGGAGAAAAUAUAAGAAAGCAAGAAAAUUUAAAGUCAGCAGAAAAAGGAGUAACUUGUCAACUGUGCUUCGUGGCCAACAUUUUAACCAAUCUAGUGUCGCUGCAGCUUCCCGCUGGUAAUUUGUCGGAUGCUGUUUUCAAAAACGUGGUGCAGUUUUAUUCUUCACUUUCAUCCCUCACCAAAUACUUUAUAAAUAAAUCUACUAAAGCAAAUCUUGCCUUUCAAGGAGUUUGGUUUGAAAAACUAGUAAAACGAACAGGCAAAAUGCUAGCCCCUGCAAUCUAUAUGUUACUGUAUCAUCGAGAAUCUGCUGAGCAAGAUAAAGAAGAGCAAACACAAGGAAAGCAUAAAUCAGCCACUCUUAAGAAUAAAGUGUUAAAGGAAACUAAAUUGAUACCGAAAGUAGUCUACGAAAUGGAACAAUUCAGUAAAUUUAUCAUUCAACUUAGUAAAAAAACUAAAUACGAUUUAUCAAAGUAUGUGGGGCAAGGGACCACAAGAGGAUUUAGGAUUAAGCUAGAUGGUUUGCAGAUACUUAAUGAAAGCGAAGAAGCAAUUGAUGAAUCCAUCGCAGACAAUGAUGAACAAGAUAUCGCGGAUGAAGAAGGUUCAGAUGGAAACCAUGGUGAUACAACUUCUCCUGCGGAUAACAAUCAGGAAAAUCUUGAUCCGCAAAUGAUUGCUUCUGCGCCCAAGAAACCUAAACUAAUAUACUAGAAUAAUAUAAGUAUGUAAUAUUUUAAUCGUUUUACAAAGUUUUUGUUAUUCUUGUUUGAAAUGUAAAACAUUUGUUCAUGUGUUUCAGUUUAAAUUUUUUAUACUUGUACAAUAAAUGUUGUUGAAAAGUAUGAAAAAAAA